UACUGGCGUAGACUCCCAUAAUGCAACGCACAUGACUGGUGGGAAGAUGGCGGAGGGAGGAGUGGCUGAUUUGGAGAUUCAGCGAGCCGAAAUUGCUGCACUUUUGAAAACUCCGCUUCGGAAAGGAGACAUCUGGUACUUGGUGGAUAGUCGUUGGUUCAAACAGUGGAAAAAGUAUGUUGGCUUUGACAACUGGGACAAGUACCAGAUGGGAGAUCAGAAUGUUUGUCCUGGAUGCGUGGAUAACUCUGGACUUCUUAAAGAUGAUGACCCGCAGUCUCUUAAAGAGCAUCUUAUCGAUGAACUGGAUUAUAUUCUGGUGCCUACGGAAGGGUGGAAUAAACUUGUCAGUUGGUAUGGAUUGAUGGAUGGCCAGGACCCAAUAGCUCGAAAGGUUGUUGAACAAGGAAUGUUUGUGAAGCACUGCAAGGUGGAAGUGUAUUUAACUGAGCUAAAGCUGUGUGAGAAUGAAAAUAUAAAUAACACUGUAACACGGAGAUUUAGCAAAGCUGACACAAUAGACAAAAUUGAAAAAGAGAUGAGGAAGAUUUUCAGUAUUCCAGAUGAAAGAGAGACCAGAUUGUGGAAUAGGUACAUGAGCAAUACCUAUGAACCUUUAAACAAACCUGACAGCACCAUGCAGGAUGCAGGGUUGUACCAUGGUCAGGUUUUAGUGAUAGAACAGAAGAAUGAUGAUGGGACUUGGCCAAGAGGUCCUUCAACACCAAAGUCCCCAGGUGCAUCCAAUUUUUCAGCUUUACCAAAGAUCUCCCCUUCAUCUCUAUCAAAUAAUUAUAACAGCAUCAGCAACAGAAAUAUGAAAAAUUCCAACUAUUGCAUGCCUUCCUAUCCCACUUAUAAGAGCUACGACUAUCAAGAGCCAGGAAGGUGCAAUGAACAACCUGGCCUCUGUGGCUUGAGUAACUUGGGCAACACAUGUUUUAUGAAUUCUGCAAUUCAGUGUUUGAGCAAUACACCACCUCUUACUGAAUUUUUCCUCAAUGACAAGUAUCAAGAGGAGCUAAAUUAUGAUAAUCCUUUAGGAAUGCGAGGAGAAAUUGCAAAGUGCUAUGCUGAGCUUAUCAAGCAGAUCUGGUCAGGAAAAUACAGUUAUGUAACACCCAGGGCAUUUAAGACUCAGGUGGGACGUUUUGCACCCCAGUUUUCUGGAUAUCAGCAGCAAGAUUCUCAAGAACUACUGGCCUUCCUUUUAGAUGGUUUACAUGAAGAUUUAAAUAGGAUUAGAAAAAAGCCAUAUAUUCAGCUUAAAGAUGCAGAAGGAAGGCCCGAUAAGGUUGUUGCAGAGGAAGCCUGGGAAAACCAUAUAAAACGGAAUGAUUCCAUUAUUGUAGAUAUUUUUCAUGGUCUUUUUAAAUCUACUUUAGUGUGCCCCGAAUGCUUUAAGGUAUCUGUAACAUUUGACCCAUUUUGUUACCUAACUCUUCCACUACCCCUUAAAAAGGAACGUAAUUUAGAAGUUUGUCUGGUUCGACUGGAUCCACUAAUAAAGCCUAUGCAGUACAAAGUAACAGUUCCAAAAAUGGGCACUAUUAUGGAUCUUUGUAGAGCACUUUCCGCUUUAUCUGAUGUACCUGCAGAUAGGGUGAUAGUUACAGAUGUAUACAAUCACAGAUUUCAUAGAAUUUUUGCAGCAGAUGAAAACUUGAGUAGCAUCAUGGAGAGGGAUGACAUCUACAUAUUUGAGAUGCCAGUUAAUAGGUUAGAAGACAAUGACCAAGUGGUUAUUCCUGUGUACCUAAGAGAACUGUAUCGACAGACAACCUACAGCCAUAGCAGUGGUUCUUUGUUUGGGUUGCCAUUUCUAAUAGCAGUGCCUCGAAACCUAACUGAAGAAAAACUUUAUAACUUUUUAUUGCGUAGAAUGUGCCGAUUUGUGAAAACAUCUGCCGACUGUGAAGAAAUUGAAGGAACUGUACAGUGUUUUAAAGAAGAUGGCAUCAAUGGCUUGAAUGGAGUACAUGAUGAAGGUUCUCCAAGUGAAAUGGAGACAGAUGAACAAGAUGAUGAGUCCAGUCAAGAUCAAGAAUUGCCAUCGGAAAAUGAAAACAGCCAAUCAGAAGACUCUGUAGGUGGAGAUAAUGACUCUGAGAAUGGAAUACUUAGUGAUGAUAUUUGUAAAGGUCAGCAAACUACGGGACACAAAAAACAGUUGUUUACAUUCCAGUUUAUUAACUUUGGCAACAGUGACCUUAUCUACAUCAAAGAUGAUACACGACAGAUCCAAUUUGAUGAUAGACAUCUGAGACUAGAUGAGAGAUCAUAUCUUGCUUUGGACUGGGAUCCUGAAGUAAAAAAGAGACAUUUUGACGAUAAUUCAGCAGAGGAUUGUGAGAAACAUGAAAGUGUGGAGUAUAAGCCUCAGAAAAAAGCUUUUGUGAAGUUAAAAGAUUGCAUUGAACUUUUUACCACAAAGGAGAAGUUAGGUGCAGAAGACCCAUGGUAUUGUCCAUACUGUAAGAAGCAUCAGCAGGCCACAAAGAAAUUAGACUUGUGGUAUUUACCGCCAGUGCUUGUGGUCCAUCUAAAGCGGUUUUCCUACAGUAGGUACAUGAGAGACAAGCUGGACACUUUAGUGGAUUUUCCCAUAAAUGACCUAGAUAUGCUUGAGUUCCUUAUCAACCCAAAUGCAGGUCCAUCUUGUUAUAACCUAAUUGCAGUUUCUAACCACUAUGGAGGAAUGGGAGGUGGACAUUAUACUGCUUUUGCAAAGAACAAAGAUGAUGGAAAAUGGUAUUACUUUGAUGACAGUAGUGUUUCAACUGCAUCAGAAGAACAAAUAGUGUCCAAAGCAGCAUAUGUGCUUUUCUACCAGAGGAAGGACACAAUCAGUGGAACUGGCUAUUUUGCUCUUGAUCGUGAAUCUACCAAAGGUGCAUCAGCUGCUGUAGGAAUACCCAUUGAUAGUGAUGAAGACUGUAAUGAAAAUGAACAAGAAAAUGAUGAUAUUGAAAAUGAAAACUGUAUGCACACCUACUGACAAGAAUCCAGGACAGACAAGACUUCUGAAUUGUGUAUCGCUGCCAAGUUUGUCUAGUAACUACUGAAACAAUUUCUGAAAAUGGGGGCAGUUCAGAAAUAAAAACUUUCAGCCAUUGUUUUAGGCUUUCAUGCUAGAAGUAUGAAUAUUCUGAAACACAGCUGACCUUGUUAAAAAGAAUAAGAUGAUGGAGUCUGGUGUAUGAGGAGGCUCAUAAAUAUAUCCAAGAUUGCCUCAUCUGCCCCCAUAUCUCUCAGCUGCUGUUUUUGAUAGAUUUUUUUUAUUUGGUUUUGAUAUAGUUUAAUUGAUGUAAGUUAAUGUAUGUUAAUGUCACACAUUAUUUUUGUGUUUAUCUUUCAAGAAAAGCACUGGUGUCGAACCAUUAUUUCUUUUGCUUGAUCAUUUUAGACUGUCACAAUUUUGCACAACUAUGUGAGGUAAUGUAGCAAUUUAAUGAGUGCCACUGGUACUGCAUUUAUAUUCACUGUGCACCCUCAGUUAUCAGAGGCCCUGGACUGGCAUUUUUAACCUUGAGCUCUUGUAAUUUAAAAUAAAUUAUGCCGGUCUCUGUUACAGUGAAGAUUAAAGCUAAAGAACAUAUUAGGAUGACAUUUUGAUGCACAUUUUUUUGUUUUAGAUUACCCCUUGUAUGUUUGUUCUUUUUGUAUAUAACUGCUGGCUGUAGCAGUUACUGUCACCAGAAAAAUUAUGAAUAUUUAGUGUAGCACCUGUGUUUUCGCAAGUAAUUCCAUCUUUGUAUGUGUCCAUUUUCACAUCUUAUUUGUGAAGAUUUUUUUGUUUUUGCCAUCAUAAUCCCUGAAAACAAUUGAGCUUAAAUAUUGAAUGUUCAGAACAGCUGAUGUUUGAUGUAAACCUGAAAACAGCCUUAUUAAAGAGAGUGCUUUUUAUAUUUUAAAUGCAGAUGAAUUCUAAUAUAAAGUCAGUAUGGAGAAUGUUAGUAGACAAAAGAUUUAAGGGGUAAUCUAGCAAGAAAAAAACAUAGGUCAUACAUUUUAUAUUAACAUUCAGUACUGUUUUAAUUGUUCAAGACUAGAAUGUUUUAAUUUUUUAAAUACUGGAGUAUGGGCUUGGCAUCCUGGAGUACUUUACAUAAACACCUAAACCAAACCAAACCUAUUUGCCAUACUAUUAUCUGUGUUUAGCCCCAGAGCUUCUAAACUGUUAUAGUAUGAUUGAAAGUCUGACACUGAUUUGAAAUUUUGCUUCACUUUUAGUUUUGCCUCCAGAAGUUUCUCUCUUCAGAAAUGUUCUUUACUAGGAUUUGAUUCUAAUAUAUCAGUACAGCAUAUUCAUAUAAGUUUUUUGUUGUGGCUUCUGGUAUGGAACGUUGAUUUGAAGAGGUAUGCAGCAAAUCUGAAGAAGGUUUUAUGAUACCUAUCAAAUUACUAAAUUACAAAUGUAUUUUUUUGUGGUGCGCAUGUGUUUGCACACAUGUACUUGUGGGUGUUUCUGAAUGGAUUCACCUUAGCCUUAGAACUUUAUCCCAUACAUAGGAUUUCUUGUUCAAGAACAAAUUUUGCAGUAUAUAAUGUUCUCGUUAACCCUGGAUUUCAUUUUAGGCAGCCUUGUUUACUGGACCAGGUGCCAGAGUGAAUUUUCAAAUAAACCGUACAGUUUGCUGCUGUCCUUUUCUUUAGUUUUUCUCAGAAUGUAUUGUCGAUUUAUAAGCUGCCUUCGAUGGCAUCUCUUUAUACAUAAUAAAUGUAAAUAUAUAUAUAUAUAUAUAUAUAUAUAUA